AUGUGCCAGCGGCGGGGCGCUGAUGGGCCGGAGGAGCUGCCGACUCCAUGGUCGAAGAUGUCCUCAUGCGCAGCAGUCGGCGCGGGGAGGCGCAUCCUGAAGCUCGCGCUCGACGAAGAGGCGCCCAUGUCCGCGUUCAUGGUGCGUGCACCAACCGUCGAAGGCAGGUGCAUCCCCAGCCCGAAGCUUGCUGCAGAAGCCCCAACGGCCAUUGUCUCGUGCGCCGGAGUCGGUGAUGGAAGGCGCGGCGAGUCCGGCUGUGCGGGCUCCGCAGGCAGCGCCGGUGGCGCGACCUCGACCUCCUCCUGGACCUCGUAG